AUGGCGAACAGAGGCUAUGAUGUCGUCGUAGAUGUCGAUCAAGAGGGCGACUUGGGCCACACCGAUCUCCAAGAAGACCUCGAAUUCCACAGCUCCAACUUCGAGACCCAGCCCUCCGGCCGCGGCGCCCCCAAAAUCCAACCCGACUCCUCAUCGGCCUCGUUCCUCCCCGGCCCAGGCGGCUCCUCCUCCAACAAUCCUACAUCGCGAAAACACUAUCUCUGGUCCCUAAACUUCUACGCCCAAGCCUUCGACGUCGACACAGCCGAGGUCCUCCGCCGCUGCGUCUCAACCAUCUACCCACGCGCCAACUUCCUCGACGUACUAGAAGGAAACCCAGACCUCUACGGCCCAGUAUGGAUUGCUACAACAGUCAUUGUCAUCUUGUUCUUAACGGGAACGAUUAGUCAGUAUCAGGCGAUGAAGGGCGAGGAGCACUUUGCGUAUGAUUUUAAGCUUCUGAGUGGGGCCGCAGGACUGGUGUAUGGAUAUACAGCCUUUGUGCCUGUGGGUCUUUGGGGCGUGUUGAAGUGGUAUGGGAGUGAGAGUGCGAAUCUGCUCGAGUGCUGUUGUUUGUAUGGGUAUUCGAAUUUGGUUUGGAUUGCGGUUAGUCUUGUGGCGUGGAGUCCUUGGGGCAUCGUCAACUUUACAGUCGUAGCCCUCGGCUUCGCUGCAUCCGCUUUCUUCCUCCUACGAAACCUUUACCCUGUGCUCAGCACCACUGAAACCAAGACCAGUAAGAUUCUGCUUGUCGUGGUUUUCCUACUACAUGCUGGUUUCGCUAUCGCGAUCAAGGUCUUGUUCUUCGCUGCGACGAGUCCGGUGGGCCCGAAUAAGGGUGCGGAUAAGGAUGCUGGAAAGGGUGUGGCUGAUGGGGGUUCAGAGGGUAAAGGGGAUAUGCUGAGGAUGCUCAUGGGUUGA